AUGGAACUUUUGCUCAUGAUAGACUCUGCCAAAAGAGCAUCAGCAGGCUAUAUCACGGCAGUCAUUCCUUAUUUCGGCUAUGCACGUCAAGACCGUAAAGACAAACCAAGAGUACCUAUUUCUGCCAAAUUGGUAGCCAAUAUCCUACAAGCAUCUGGUGUAAACCGUAUCAUGACCAUGGAUCUUCAUGCUGAACAAAUCCAAGGCUUUUUUGAUAUACCUGUGGAUCACCUCAAAAGUGAAGCCAUCUUUAUACCUUACUUGGCAAAACAAGACCUAUCGAAUGUAACCUUCGCCUCACCUGAUGUAGGCGGAGUAAAAAGAGCAAGAUCUUAUGCUAAAUACUUCGAACGAGAUCUCGUGAUCUGCGAUAAAGAACGUCGAGUUGCAAAUGAAGUAGCUGCUAUCACGGUGAUCGGAGAUGUUGCUGGCAAGGAUGUAAUUCUCAUAGAUGACAUCAUAGAUACGGCUGGCACGCUUUGCAAAGCUGCUGAUGCGCUGAUAGAGAAAGGUGCCAAAAGUGUAAAAGCUAUGCUGACACAUGCCGUUCUUUCUGGUAAUGCCUAUGAUAAUAUCAAUAAUUCCUUGAUCACAGAAGUCAUCGUCACUGACAGUAUUCCGCUAAGAGGCAAGUCGGACAAAAUUGUUGUAUUAUCCUGUGCCAAGUUGUUUGCACGUGCCAUCAGAAACACCCAUGAGUAUAAGUCGAUUGCUGCCUUGUUUGUGGAUAAGAAUAUUUAA